CCAAAAUAUCCAACACCACCCCCUCCCUGGUUGCGCUUUUUCUCUCGCACUUUUUCUCUUUCUCUCUCCUAACCCACUUGCCACGCCCUCACUUUCUCUAACCUACGCUGCACGUACACUACGCCUACCUGGAGACAAAGUUUGAAGAACCCAGUAUCACUGCUCUAUACGUGACUCUAUUGCUAUCUUACACCCCUCGGUCCAUCCGGCGCACGUUAGCGAGCGUCGGCAUCACCAUUUAUUUUACUCGGAAAAUUUAAAAAGAGAAAAAAGAAAAGAAAAAGAAAUUGCUUUAUCUGUUUAGGUUUAGCAUUUCUGAGUUGUUUCCAAUUUUCUUUUCUUUUUUUUUUUUUGUUGCAUAGAAGGGAAAAAAAAAGGAAAACAAGCCGAAGUUGGAUAUACACGGAUGGUUUCUGCGUCUCGAAACCGGUUCCUGCUCUGCUAACGUGCGCCGCUCGCCGGUGAUCCAAUCCCGGUCGUUGAUUUAGCCGACUUGACGACUCGAUCGACGACUGACGACUUGAUUUUUUUCGUUCUGCCAUUUCAGGAUUGUUUUUCUUAUGGAUGGGUAUAAGGUGCGCCGGGGGUGCGUAGGUUAAGUGAGGAGGGAGUUUUACGAGUGUUGGAGAUAGUCAAUCGCAAGGGAUAUAUAUUUGCGUGUGAAUUGGGAGGGAUGGAUUUUGGUCCAUCAAUGGAGUUUCUGGCUUCGUGCUUAGAGGACGAAACCCUAGUUGUGAACAGGAUCGAAGAGAGGAAAUUUUACAUGGAAGUUCUAUAGUAUAUGCCGUCUUUUUCAUGUGAAGUUUGAGCUUUUGGCGUGGGACCGUGGAUUAGUAAGUUUACCGGUUUUGCUAUGGAGCGUAAGGAGCUGAAUUUGAACAAAGACUGCGACGGCGGCGAUGGCUGCGGCGGCGGAGGCGGCGGCGGUGGCCGUGGCGAUGGCUUCAUCGACAGGAGCAAAGUGCGGAUAUUGCUUUGCGAUAACGAUGCGGAUAGUUCGAAAGAGAUUGUCACGCUUCUUUUGAAAUGUUCCUAUCAAGUGAUUUGUGUGAGAUCUGCUAGGCAGGUGAUUGAUGCACUGAAUGCAGAGGGACCUGAUAUAGAUAUCAUACUUGCUGAUCUUGACCUUCCACUGGCGAAAGGCAUGAAAAUGCUGAAGUACAUCACCAGGGACAAAGAUUUGCGACGCAUUCCUGUGAUAAUGAUGUCGGCACAAGAUGAGAUCUCUAUUGUUGUUAAGUGCUUGAGGCUUGGAGCUGCAGACUAUCUUGUAAAGCCUUUGCGAACUAAUGAACUUUUGAACUUGUGGACACACAUGUGGAGGCGAAGGCGCAUGCUUGGACUAGCAGAGAAGAACAUCUUGAACUAUGAGUUUGAUCUGGUAGUGUCAGACCCUAGUGAUGCUAAUACAAAUAGUACUACCUUGUUCUCGGAUGACACGGAUGACAAGUCACGCAAGGCCACCAAUCAAGAGGCUGGAAUGUCAGUUCACCAGGAAGAUGAGGAAUCUGCUGCUGCUACUGCUGUUACUGCUGUAGAGCCUCGUAAUAAUUUAGUGGAACGCCGGUUUGAUAUGCAAGGAAAUAGCAACCAUCAAACAGGUCAAUUUUCAUCUGGCCCAAGGAAGAGUGAACUAAAGAUUGGCGAGUCAUCUGCUUUUUUUACCUACGUCAAAUCGAGCAUCAUAAAAAACAACUCCCAAGCAGUUUCCCAUGUCGAAGCUAAUGCUGCUCAACAUUUAAGACUUGAGGAGAAACGCCAAGCAUUUGGAAACCCAGUGGUUGAAGAUACCCAAGUACAUGAAAAUGGAGAGGUAUGGGAAAGCUAUUCACAAGGAGAUGAUUUGCCAAGCAGUACUAGCAUCCCCGAUUCUCUUUCUAUGGAGAGGUCUUGCACCCCACCUGCUCCAAGGGAACUUCCUAAUGAAAAUAAUUUCAUGAAAGACAGAUUCUCGAACGCGCAAGUUCAUCCAAGAAACGGAACUCAAAAUGAGGAUUCUGGCUUACCUGCUCAAGCUGCUUAUCCAUAUUGUAUGUCAGGGGUUGUUAAUCAGGUUAUGAUUACAUCAUCAGGACAAGUGUGUCAAAAGGAUCUUCUUGAGAUGCAAAAUCAUGCUACCUCGGUAAUGAUGCCACAAUACAAUCAUCUUCCACAAUGUCCUCCUCAUUUAACUGGUAUGACUUCGUUCCCAUAUUACCCUGUCAGUAUAUGCUUACAACCGGGUCAAAUGCCUACUGCUCAUACAUGGCAAUCUUUUGGAAGUUCAUCUUCCUCUGAAGUUAAAUUGAAUAAUAAAGUUGAUAGAAGGGAAGCUGCGUUGAUAAAAUUCAGGCAAAAAAGAAAGGAGCGCUGUUUUGAUAAAAAGAUAAGAUAUGUAAAUCGAAAACGACUUGCUGAAAGGAGGCCUCGUGUUCGGGGCCAGUUUGUGAGGAAGGUUAAUGGCGUAAAUGUGGAUCUUAAUGGGCAACCAGCUUCCGCUGAUUAUGAUGAAGAUGAAGAGGAUGAUGAGGCGCUUGCGUCUAUGGAUUCCACUCCUGAAGAUUGUGGGUCUGGGUACUAGUAUCAUGUUGUUGGUUGUUGUGGGAGGAUGCUUCUAAUAAUAAGAUGCGAGACUUCCUUCGCUGUCUUUUAACUAUCUUAUGGAGUUUCUGCAUCUUUACCUGCUCUCCAUAAUGGGUUAUUGGGAACUGUUGCCGCAUAUAAAUAUGGAGAAAAUGCAUCAUUGAGUGGGGACUCUGUUCAAUGUGGAAUUUUGUUUCUAAGCAAGAAGGAAAUCAAUAACUUGGGGCAUAGCAAGUUUUGGAAUGACUCAAUAGGUGAUGCACCUGGUUGAGUUAUUUAUAGCAGGUGAAGUCCUUCAAUGAGAUCUUCCCCACGAAAUGUUGUAUGCCGCACUUAUUGUACAUGCUGGGGUUGCUAUCAGUUUGUCCGAGAAUCAUUUUCAUGUUCAAUAUCAAAGCAAGUACAUGGGUUAGUCUUCCAGCUUUUUAAUGAUGAACCAUUGCGAUUUCGUAAAUGCAGAGAAUUUUAUGAGAAUUUUGUGUUGUAUGGAAAUUCCCUGAAAUGAAAAAUGUCGUCGAA